CACGUGGUCACACACUCAGCUUAUGUAGUCCCACUUAUUCAGGCAGCUACUCAGUCGGACAUGGCUUUGUUGUCCGUCCUCACACCCGUCCUCGCGUUGGUCCUUUGCAUGGUGGCAGGCUUUCUGUUUCUGAAAUCUCGUGCACCGCAAUCCAACCUGAAAGAAGGGGGACAAGGUAAGGGGCCCUCAAAAAGUGGCUUCAGACCCUGGGUGGAUCAGGACUUGCAGGAUGACACAAUAUUAGCAGAAGGAGGAGGAGAUGAAGAUGAAUGGGUGGAAAACGACGAAGAGAAGGAACUAGCGCAUGUGCCCUAUUCACCCCAACGUUACCCAGAGGAGGCCAUGCUGCAGAGGUCCAGUGAUUUUUACUGCCUGAUGAACCAGCGGAGAUCUGUCCGAUUCAUAAGCCCUGAACCAGUCCCAAGAGAAGUCAUCAAUAAUGUCAUCCUCACUGCAGGGACGGCGCCAAGUGGAGCUCACACAGAGCCCUGGACAUUUGUUGUUGUGUCUGAUCCAGAGACAAAGCACCAGAUCAGGCUGAUUGUUGAGGAAGAGGAGGAGGUGAACUACCGCCAGAGGAUGGGAGAUAAGUGGGUCCAUGAUUUGGCCCCAUUAAGAACAAACUGGAUUAAAGAAUACUUGGAUGUUGCUCCGUACCUGAUCCUCAUUUUUAAACAGGCUUAUGGGAUUCUACCAAAUGGCAAAAAAAAGACCCACUAUUACAAUGAAAUCAGUGUCUCCAUAUCCUGUGGGAUCCUUCUUGCAGCUUUACAGAAUGUAGGCCUUGUUACCGUCACAUCCACACCCCUGAACUGCGGCCCACAGCUCAGGCUCCUCCUCAAACGACCAGCCAAUGAGAAGCUGCUGAUGCUGCUUCCUGUGGGUUAUCCAGCUGCUGACGCUACGGUGCCGGACUUGAAACGGAAACAUCUGGAGGAUAUCCUGGUGGCCAUCUGAACUAAUUAGUAACAUCUGUAAAAGUAUAUCAGUUUUUUUAAAUAUAAAAUUUGUUAAUCUAAAUAUUAUCAACAGCUGCAAAGAAAAAUGAUGCAUUUUAGUUGUUGUUAAAACAAUUGUUAAAACAAUGUUUUUUGCUCUUUUUAAACACUUUAAAUCAUGGGUAUACAGUAAUAAGAUGGAAUAAAUGUCCAAAGUAGCUGCUGCAUGGCUGUUUUAUCAAUGCGUCUCUCUUGGACAUGAGUUUUUAAUGCAAUGUGAACCUGUCCUUUAAAAUAUUUACAUCGUUUAGCUCCUUUUUGCUUUGAAAAAAAUAAUAUUUUCUUUUUGUAAACACAAUAUUUUAGAUACUCAAUGUUAUAAUUAUAAAACCUAUAGAUCUGUUUUCUACCACUUGUCUAUCAGGCCAGGAUUCCAAACCCGGUGACUUCUUGCUGAAGGGUACCAGUACUGCAAACUCCACCAUGCAAAAAUGUAUAUAUUAUUUUCUAUUUACAAUCAGUCAAAAGGCCAAAUUCACAAACACACUAAUUCCAUUAUUAACACAAACACACCUAAUGGGACAAUUGGAGGGGUCAAUUACUCUGGCAUAUAUAUCUAGAUUCUGAAGGGAUACAACUUGUUGAUUAUGUUAUUAACUUGUAGUUAAUAACAUAAUACACAGAAAAAAUAAUGCAACUGCUUUUGGCAUAUACUUAAUCAUAUUUAGUUACUUUAACACAAUUGUUUCACGUUAGCAGGGUAGGACAUAAAAAGUUUUGCGUUAACGUAACUAGAUAUGAUUAAGUAAAUGCCAAAAGCAGUUGCAACAUUUUUUAGUGUAUAAGCACAAUUGCCAUCAGACUUUAAAAUACACAGUUAUAUGGUGCUGAGGUGAACAGUGAAAGAUGAUCUAAUGUAAUAAUUAGCACAUGGCAUUUUAAGAAGGUAUCUAUCAUUUCACUUUCAUGUGUGAUUGUGCAACUUUCGGCUGUCUCCAACACAAAAUGUUGAUUUUAUGCAUGUUACAUUUAAGGUAGGUGACAUGCAGCAUGACAGCUUAGACUUAUGUUAGUUAAAUAAAAAAGAAAAGCCAAAUAAAGAUAUGAGAAAGCAAUGCAUAUGGAACACUUGGGCAUAUUUGAACUCUUUUUUUUUUUCUUGCUAUAAAUAUGCAGUCAUCAAAAGCACGUUAAAGAAAAGAAUCAGAGUUGGGCACCAUAAAUUUGCUUACGAAGCAUGACACUGAAUGAAAUAUUGCCACUAUAAAGACAUUUUGUUAAAUUUUUUGUUCAAAAUAGUACGGUUGAACAGCUUUGAUAGUUUUUUGGAAGCUAAAUGAAUUAAGUUUUGUAAACCACACCUUUCCUGUAGUAGAAACUUAAAUUAUGAACCAAAAAGGGCAAAAAGCGCAUGUACUUCUUGCGGAGGAUGAGUAGAGCCCACCUGCCCCCACAUAUCCUCACCACCUUCUACAGAAGCACCAUAGAGAGCGUUCUGACGCAGCUGUCUCACUGUGUGGAGUUUAGACACUAAACUAGCUUUCUUGUUUUAAUCACUUCCUGCUCUUCCUUUAAUGAAAUAGCAUCACCUGGGACCCCUCAGGCACAUAAAAAGUUGCCUGAUUCCGUCAUUUUUCAUCUACUGACCCUCCCAAACAACUCACAUAUUAGUCAGUAAAGCUAAGUGCUCCCACAUCUCUCUUUCUUCAUGGUGCCCAUCUACAUUAAG